UCUCCUAUUGAGUGCAUGUAGUGAGUACCUAUCUCAAUACAAAGAAGUAACAGUAGACCGACAAAAAGACGACCGUUUCUCUCAAGGUUAUUUUAUGCGAUCUAAAUUGAUUGUACAUAUGUACAUAUUUCAUCAUUAUUCAACUUCUUGUUUACUUGCUUCUAAAAAUAUAUUUUUACGUUUUGCUUGAAGGCUAUACGUGGUGUAAACGAAAAUAAGAGGGUUUCAAUAACCUUUAAAUUUUUCGUUCAGUGUCAAAUGAUGAAUGUUUAAUCAUAAAACUGUGCAAUUGUACAAAUGUAAAGUGUGUCGAAAAAUAUUCACUGCUGUUGGUAUCUAUAAGAACGAUGGCUUUAAAUAAACGACACAAAUCUUACGGACUUAUUAUUAAAAUGUUUGUGUUAUUCUUAAUAUCGCGUUGCUAGUAAUAAUUUGAUUAAAAUAGACAGGAGCAUAUGAGACACAAACUGGCAUGAAGGUGCCAUGGCUGGCCCAAGUGCGGCGAAUGCACUUGGUAAUAAUUGUCUUGGCUGCGCUUUCACUGUUUCUUUACGUUUGCUACAUUUCAACAAGUCAGCUCCAAGCAACAGUGUCUCCAGUUGUCUACUCAGUAGUUGCUGCAGUAGCGGACGCAAACAUACAGCUUAAUUUGACUCAACCAGAAGUAUCAUUUAUAAAAAACGACACUAAUACAGUUGCAAAACGAAAUAACACAUCAGAGGUACUUUCUCCUCCACUUUCUGUUACCAACAACACAGUUGUACUAGACUUAACCAAAGGAAUUUUAACAGAUAUGAUAUAUGAAUCGGGUCAUACAAAUUUCAGUGCCGAAGUUUGUCCAGAUUUAGGCAAAAAUAUCAAACUGUUAAUAAUAAUUACAUCAGCACCAAGUCAUGAACAAGCACGUAUGGCAAUUAGACAAACAUGGGGUCAUUAUGCAUCUCGUAGAGAUGUAUCUAUUGCUUUUAUGCUUGGAACAACUUCCAAUAAAGUUUUAAAUUCGCGACUUGAUAAAGAACAGUAUAUCUAUGGAGAUAUAAUAACGGGAAAGUUUAUUGAUGCUUAUGAUAAUCUCACACUCAAAACUAUAUCUAUGUUAGAAUGGGUUGAUAAUUACUGCCCUAAAGCAGCUUUUGUACUUAAAACUGACGACGAUAUGUUUAUAAAUGUACAUCGGUUAUUAGUUUUUGUGGUAAACCAUGACCCUAAUCAAAGGAUCAUUUACGGACGUUUAGCGAAAAAUUGGAAACCGAUUCGAAAUAAAAAAUCAAAAUAUUAUAGUUCUUUACAACAGUAUAAGCAUACUGUAUUUCCUGAUUUUACUACGGGACCUGCAUACCUUUUUCCAGCUAAAUUAGCAAGAGAAUUAUAUUCUGCUGCUUUAAAUCACACGUAUUUUAAAUUGGAAGAUGUUUUCUUAACAGGAAUUGUAGCAAAUGAUCUGAAAAUCAAACGCGUACAUGUUUCGGAGUUUUCAAAUAGAAGGGUUUCAUUAACACCUUGUAGUGUUCAACGUGGAAUUAGUAUUCAUAUGGUUAAAGGAUUUGAACAAUUUGAUUUAUGGAAGAAGCUCUUGGAUGGUCAUACGAAAUGUAAAUAGUCACUAUUCGUCCUAAUACAAAAAAAAACA